AUGUUCAAUAAAAAGUUGGGUCUGGUUUUUGUCUUUGCUGCUUCUGUUUUUCUGGUCAUAAACAACAAUGGAGUUGAGGCCUCACACAACAUAUACUCCAGGCUUCAGAAUGCUGCUGCCGUUGAGGUGAAUCAACUCCAUAGAACUGGGUAUCACUUUCAACCUCCCAAGCACUGGAUUAACGACCCAAAUGCACCCAUGUACUUCAAUGGUAUCUACGACUUGUUCUACCAGUACAACCCCAAAGGUGCAGCGUGGGGCAACAUUGUGCGGGCUCACUCAGUAUCUAAAACUGCAUGGUGGCAUAAUGGUCAUUGGAGGAUUUUGGUGGGUGGCAAGAGAAAGCAUAGAGGGAUGGCUUGGUUGUACAGAAGUAUUGAUUUCAAGUACUGGGUGAAGGCCAAGCACCCUCUUCACUCUGCUCCCGAAACUGGCAUGUGGGAGUGCCCCGACUUUUUUGCUUUGGCAUUGAAUGGGAGGAGUGGAGUGGACACAUCAAAAGUUGGUGAGGAUGUGAAACAUAUUUUGAAGGUGAGCCUUGAUGAGACUAGGUAUGAGUACUAUACACUUGGAAAAUAUUUUCCUGAGAAAGAUAGGUACGUGCCUGAUAAUACUUCGGUGGAUGGUCGAGCUGGGUUGCGAUUGGAUUAUGGAAACUUUUAUGCUUCCAAGACUUUCUUUGAUCCUUCAAAGAAUAUGAGGAUUUUGUGGGGCUGGGCUAACGAGUCAGAUGCUGCUGACGAUGAUAAAGCUAAGGGAUGGGCUGGAGUUCAGACAAUUCCAAGGGUGGUGUGGCUAAGCUCCGAUGCUAAACAAGUGGUGCAAUGGCCUAUCAAAGAAUUAGAAACUUUGAGGGGGCAAAAGGUGGACAUCAACAAUCAAAAUGUGGAACAGGGACAGCAUGUUGAAGUAAAAGGAAUAACUGCUGCUCAGGCCGACGUUGAAGUUACCUUCUCCUUUGGGAGUUUGGAAAAAGCCGAGGAGUUUGAUCCUAAUUGGGCCAACCUCGAUGCCCAAACCGUCUGCAGCCUAAGGCGUUCGGACGUUCCAGGUGGCGUCGGUCCAUUCGGGCUCUUGACACUGGCUUCUCAAAACCUGGAGGAGUUUACUCCUAUCUUCUUUAGAGUUUUUAAAACUAAAGAGACUAAGCAUAAGGUUCUCAUGUGCUCUGACGCAAAAAGUUCUUCAUUGAGGCCGUUUAAUGAAAAGUUGUAUAGACCAUCAUUUGCUGGCUUUGUAGAUGUAGAUUUAUCUGCUGAUAAGAAGAUUUCACUCAGGAGUUUGAUUGAUCAUUCGGUUGUUGAAAGUUUCGGAGCUGGAGGAAAAACAUGCAUCACCUCAAGGGUUUAUCCCACACUAGCCGUUAACGAUGCUGCUCACUUGUUCGUCUUCAACAAUGGAACUAAGCCUGUUACGGUCCAGACCCUCUCCGCAUGGAGUAUGAAUGCUCCUCAACAGAUGAACCAAAACUUAGAAUUCUGAGCAUAUAUAAUAGAAUGUUUAGGAUUUAAUCACAAGAAAAUUCAUGCUUGGUUAAAUUAAUCAUGUACUUAUUGUAAACAUUUAUUCAUUAAUGAAGUUGAUUUUCAAAUCA